UCGUUGCAGCUCGCUCGCACUGUGAUUUUCGUUUGUGAAUUAUCUCCGUGAAUUAACUCCGUAAAGCAUUCUUUUUGGCACAAUUCUUGCCGGACGCCCAUCCGCUCACCGGAGUCACUAAAGUGCGGGCCCUGCCAAGUGAAUCGCUCACAGUUUUCGUGCGGAAUGAAAAGCAGCACGUUGUACGAUUCCGAAGACCAGCCACGAAAAGCACAUCUUUUUGACAAGAUGGCCGCCGAUGACGAGCUCAACGUUGAAGAGAUGCUAGAGGCACCGUACAAAAAGGAGGACGAAUCGUCUCCGGUAAACAAUGGCACCAGCAAUGGCGAGAAGAAAUCAAAGGAAAAUGGGCACAGCAAAUCAUCAUCCGGUCGCUCGCGAGACCGUGAUCGUGCCCGAGAACGUGAUCGUGAACGUGAGCGCGAAAAGGAUCGGGACAAGGAUGGCGGUGAAGGUCGCUCGCGAAAGGAGCGCUCUCGCUCACCGCGACCACGCGACAAGGAGCGUCGCCGAAGCAAAGACAAGGACCGCAGCAAAUCCCGUUCGCCUCGCCAAGAGCGCUCCAAGGAUCGCAAGGAUAAGGAGCGUGGAAAGGAGCGUGGGGUCGAUCACCACCACCAGCGUGUACCGGAGAAGCGACGAUCCCGUGACCGUGCAGCUCACGCCGACCGCCGCCGAUCUCGCGAGCGCGAUAACAACCGCCGCCGAAGCCGGUCGCGUGAACCGGGCCGACGGCGUCGAUCGAUGUCACCGAAACCUUUCAGACGGGGUGGACGAGGUCUUGGUUACGGUAACUUUCGGGGCGAUCGCUCUCCACCGGAAGAGAUCAGCCAAGAAGAUCGCGAUGCACGGACCGUAUUUUGUAUGCAACUAUCCCAGCGCAUCCGGGCCCGUGACCUCGAAGAGUUCUUUUCGAGUGUGGGAAAGGUGCGGGACGUUCGGUUGAUCACGUGCAACAAAACGAAACGGUUCAAGGGAAUCGCGUACAUCGAAUUUAAGGAUCCAGAGUCGGUCGCGCUAGCGCUCGGUUUGUCCGGCCAGCGGCUACUCGGUAUUCCGAUCAGCGUGCAGCACACGCAAGCCGAAAAGAAUCGCAUGGCCAAUCAGCCGCCGCCGCCCCCACCAAAGAACCCGGUCGGACCGAUGCGACUGUACGUGGGUUCGCUUCAUUUCAACAUCACCGAAGAUAUGCUGAGGGGCAUUUUCGAGCCAUUCGGGAAAAUCGAUAACAUUCAGCUGAUCAUGGACACGGACACGGGCCGCUCGAAAGGAUACGGAUUUAUCACCUUCCACAAUGCCGACGACGCAAAGAAAGCCCUGGAGCAGCUGAACGGUUUCGAGCUUGCCGGUCGCCCGAUGAAGGUUGGCAACGUGACCGAGCGACUGGAUGUGACCACACAUGCUUCACUCGACACAGACGAGAUGGAUCGUAGCGGUAUCGAACUCGGUGCCACGGGGCGAUUGCAGCUCAUGUUCAAACUAGCCGAAGGAGCUGGUCUCGCCGUGCCCCGCGCGGCCGCUGAUGCUCUGCUGGCGACCGCACCCCAGCCCAUUCCACAGCAACCCAUCCAACAGUCGCCUCCGAUUGCCACCCAGUGCUUCCUGCUGUCGAACAUGUUCGAUCCCAGCACGGAGACAAACCCGAGCUGGGACGUGGAGAUACAGGACGACGUCAUAGAGGAGUGCAAUAAGCACGGUGGAGUGCUGCACGUCUACGUCGAUAAACUGUCCCCCGCCGGCAAUGUGUACGUCAAGUGUCCCAACAUUGCGACGGCCGUGCUAGCUGUGAACGCACUGCACGGUCGGUGGUUCGCUGGACGCGUCAUCGGUGCGGCGUACGUGCCCCUGGUCAACUAUUACAACCUGUUCCCCGAUGCUGCCCAAUUGGUGACGCCCUUGCAACCGAAAAGAUUAGGUUGAACCACCAAAUGUGAAGUAGAGACGAGAGAUAACUCUCGCUUGAUAGUUUUGCUUGACUAACCGAAUUCGAAACUUUUGAUCGCUUUCAAAUGUGAACAGCAAUAGUCGUAUUCUCGCGACGACGGGUCUCUCGUGGGUUGUGUUGCAACCAAGCUACUAUAAAGGGGAACUGCUACGGAUCGAUUUCUUUUGAGUGUAACAUGUGAUAGGAGGUCGCAGAGCCACCCCAGCCCCAAGUACACCCUCUGUCGUGUGUAUUUACAACUAUUCGUUUGGUAGGAUGUUUGAAUGGCAUCAAAUUGAUUGCUAAUUUCGGAGCAUUCGAAAAAGGACAACAUGCCCCAUUCAUUGCAAAAUGCCUGUAUUAGGCAUUAGAGGUUCGCAGGUUGCGAAGUCUGUGUGUGGCAAGCAAUUGGGCGCGGUGUUAGUAACGUCGCGUUUUGUGUUUCGCGAUGUUCUUAGCAUGAAUUUUAAUAAGAGUAAGAAAAACAAUCUAACAACCACAGCCUUGUACAAAAGAUGCAUUGACCACUCUUCGAGUCCCGUGCAUCUCGUUGGGCGGGAAGCGGAUCGGAAAAAGCGCCGUCAAUUUCGUAUUUCGCUCGAACGUUAGUAAUAAAACACUUCACGUUGGGUUGGGUGUCGUGCUAAAGGGGCACACAAGAGGCAAAUGGUUUGAAGCACAGGAUUAAAGGUGUCAUUAAUUAUUAUUAUUAAGAUAGUGUUAGGAAUUUUAGGAUGACUAGGCGAGGUUCGCGCAGUGUACGGCCGAUGACGCUGUAGUUUGUGUGGAAACGAAAAUUAGCAGAAGCGAAUAAAAUCGGGGGUACUAUCGAGAAGAACGCGAUCGUUGUAUUUUUGUUGCCCGAAAACGAAACAAGAAAUAAAUUAA